UCGCUGUCAUCAAAAACGAGAACGUGAUGACGAAAGCAGGAAGCAGCGCCUUCAUUACGCUGACAACAUUAUUGCUGUUUGAUAUUGUUUUCUUAAUAAAAUAAAGAAUGCGAAUUGGAAAUACUCCUUCGGGAAGGGGUUGGAUUCGGAAGGGUAACGUACGAAACCAGUGACCUGAAACAGUAUAAGAAAAUGUGACAUGAAAUGGCAAACCUUAACAAAUAUCGAGAAUACCAGCGAUUGGAUGAUGAAGAGGAAGAUUCCAUGCCAGCUGGGGAGGAUGAUAUGUUAGUGCAUGUACCUGAAGGGUUGAAAGAUUCCUGGCACCAUAUAAACAACCUGGACAAUUUCUUCACAAGAAUUUAUCAUUUUCACCAGAAGAAUGGAUUUUCCUGUAUGAUGCUGUCUGAGUUUUUUGAGCUAGUGCAGUUCCUGUUUGUGGUGAUUUUUACUACUUUCUUGUUCAUGUGUGUGGAUUAUGAUGUCCUCUUUGCAAAUACAUUUGUAAAUCACACUCACUUUGGCUCAAUUGAAAGGAACAAAGUGACUCUUCCUGAUGCUAUCCUUCCGCAAGAUCAGUGCUACCAGAGAAUUCAGAAAAAUGGAUGGAUCAUCUUCCAGCUUGUCAUGGCUGCCAUCUUCUGGCUUUACCGUCUAGUUAAAGUAAUCUGCAACAUGCUCAACUACUGGGAGAUACGCACAUUUUACAUUAAAGCACUGAAGAUCCCCACGGUUGAAUUGUGCAACUUUACUUGGCAAGAAGUGCAGCAAAGACUGAUCUCCAUCCAACGAGAGCACCAGAUGUGCGUCCACAAAAAAGAACUGACAGAACUGGAUAUAUAUCACCGUAUCCUGCGCUUCAAGAACUAUAUGGUGGCAAUGGUCAACAAGUCCCUGCUGCCUAUCCGUUUUCAUCUGCCUGGCUGGGGAGAAGUGGUUUUCCUAUCUCAGGGCUUAAAGUACAACUUUGAGCUGAUAUUAUUUUGGGGCCCAGGGUCCCUUUUUCAGAACAAAUGGAACUUGCAUCCCAAAUACAAACGAGCUGGGAAUCGGUUAGAGCUGGCACAGCAUUUGAGCCGUACCAUCUGCCUUAUUGGACUUGCCAAUCUCUUACUGUCUCCCUUAAUACUCAUUUGGCAAAUUCUUUAUGCUUUUUUCAGCUAUGCAGAGAUUAUUAAGCGAGAACCAGGGAGCCUAGGGGCCAGGCGCUGGUCACUUUUUGGACGGCUCUACCUGCGGCACUUUAAUGAACUAGAGCAUGAGUUACAAAUGCGCCUCAACAGGGGUUACAAACCAGCCUCCAAAUACAUGAACUCCUUUAUUUCGCCACUCCUGACAGUGGUAGCCAAAAAUAUAGCCUUCUUUUCUGGAUCUGUACUAGCAGUCCUUAUAACACUUGCAGUGUAUGAUGAAGAUGUUCUGACAGUUCAACAUAUCUUGACAGCUAUUACCAUUUUGGGCAUUGUUGUAACUAUUUCUAGGUCCUUCAUUCCUGAUGAACACAUGGUUUGGAAUCCUGAGCAGCUGUUGCAGUGUGUACUUGCUCAUAUUCAUUAUAUGCCUGAUCACUGGAAAGGCAAUGCCAAUGCAUCAGAGACCAGAAACGAGCUGGCAGAACUGUUCCAGUAUAAAGCGGUCUUUAUCUUGGAAGAAUUGCUUAGUCCAGUUAUCACUCCCCUUAUUUUAAUCUUCUGUCUACGCCACAAAUCCCUAGAAAUUAUCGAUUUUUUCCGGAACUUCUCUGUGGAGGUAGUUGGAGUUGGCGACAUUUGUUCUUUUGCUCAGUUAGAUGUUCGGAAGCAUGGAAAUCCUCAGUGGUUCUCUGAAGGGCAGACAGAAGCUUCUAUAUACCAGCAGGCGGAGAAUGGAAAGACAGAACUGUCCCUAAUGCAUUUUGCCAUUACAAACCCACAAUGGCAGCCACCACAAGAGAGUUCAAUUUUCAUUGGCCACUUAAAAGAGAAGGUCCAACAGGAUGCCACUAAUGCACCUUCUGCACAGCUGAUCCUGUCUGAAACACCACUGGCGGCUUCGCUGCUGUCAAAUGCAUCUUCUGCUGCGCCUGAUGAUUUGCUCUCAAGUGUGCUUGUCCAUCCCAUUCUUACUGCUUCAGGCCUGCCAUCCAGGGACCGCCAUUUUGUGCAGCCAACCAGUACAGCCACUGUAGCUGCAAGCAUUCUGGCUUCGUUCUCCACAUCCCAGAUACCCAGCCGGACUCAGUCACAUGCUGCCUACUCAAACCGUUGUCCUGAGAAUGUAGCUUACCGCAGUGAACGCACCAUUCUUGAGGACAGGUUGGCUGGUCCAAAAAGUCUUUUUAGCUAUGAUCCAAACACAAGCGUGUCAUCAAGUGACACAAGACUCCAGAAUGCAUCUCAUUCUGCCCUUCUUUCAGAAUACGCUAACACUGAAAUGAGCCUACACGCCAUCUAUAUGCAUGAGAAACAUCAACAACAAAGUCAGCUUCCACGAGCUGUGGGAAUGUGGCAGUGUCCAUCAGCGCUUAGAGAACAUCACGUACAGCCAGGGGCUUCCUUCAGUGCUGACCAGCCACCAGAGUCGCUGUCUGGACCAUCACAGUUACCCCUCGGAGGAUGGGCAGAAUCAGAAGAAGAGCAGGAGCAGUCUACCAGAAAACCACCUGUACCGCGACAAAGGGAGGCAUGAAAUGACAGUGCCUUGAAAGACUGUUUAAAAACUCUAAGAACUGGAAGACGUUUGUGCUUUCUGAAUUCUCCAGUUUUGCAUCUAGUAACAGAAGCUUGGAGAAGGAAGAAGAGUCUGGUUAUCUACCACACAGCUGUCAAGUAUUCCACCGGACUGUUAAUGUCUUCCACUGAUGUCAAGUAGGAGUCCCAGUAUUGCCUGUUCUGUUUUGGAAUUCAGACUUUUUCUUACUUUAACUUUGGAGCUACCGAAAUUGCAAAUUACUUGGUUUGUGUUUUGACAUAUGCCAAGUCGAAAAAAAAAAUAUAUAUAUUUUUUGAAAAAAUGAUGGAGAAAUACUUUAAAAGACUGAAACCAUCAAAGUUAGCAAUAGGUAUUUUUUUUUCUUUUCUGAAACACACUGCUGUAUAAAGUAAAUAAUAUAUUAUGCUAUGUGAAACUAAGUUGCAACAAAUAAAAUAAAGGUCCAAAGAAAGAUGCUACAGUGGACAAUGACAAAGAUAAACCAAGAAGCAUCAUGUUUGAAGACAAUUUGGGAAUAAAAAAUUGUUCAACAUCUACACUUACUGUUGUCAAAAGCUACUAACUGAUUUCUGUCAGAUCAGUUAAUUUUAACUUAAAUAGCAUGUAUUGGAAAAUAUUGAAAAUGUAUUAUCUCUUCACAAAUACCCCAUUGCUUUUGCUGUGAGUAUAAUAAAACUGGCUGUGAAAUCUG